UUCUCUGCUACUCCCUUCGCGUUUCCAGUUCCGGCCUCGCAGGGGCGGAGAGAAGCUAGAAAGUAUGCGGCUGUCAGUUGCAGCCGCCAUCUCCCAUGGCCGCGUAUUUCGCCGUCUGGGCCUUGGUCCGGAGUCCCGCAUCCACCUGUUGAGGAACUUGCUUACAGGCUUGGUGCGACAUGAACGCAUCGAGGCGUCAUGGGCGCGCGUGGACGAAAUGAGGGGCUACGCCGAGAAGCUCAUCGACUAUGGGAAGCUGGGAGACACUAACGAACAAGCCAUGCGCAUGGCAGACUUCUGGCUUACGGAGAAAGACUUGAUCCCAAAGCUGUUUCAAGUACUGGCCCCUCGUUACCAAGGUCAAAAUGGGGGCUACACGAGAAUGCUGCAGAUCCCAAAUAGCAGUGAGCAGGAUCGGGCCAAGAUGGCAGUGAUCGAGUAUAAGGGGAACUGCCUCCCACCCCUACCCCUGCCUCGCAGAGACAGCAACCUUACACUUCUAAACCAGCUGCUUCAAGGGUUGCAGCAAGACCAGAAAGCAAGCAUCCACGGCUCCCACACAGCUCAAACUCCAGGGAUUUAACUGGGACCAGAGGUUGUGUGCACACUCAUCAAUGCCCAUGAUCACAGGCCUUUGGAGCCCUUUUAAUCUCUAAGAAGAACUGGAGCUAGAGUUGUUAAUGGACGGUCUUAAUGGAGACAAGAAGCUUCUGAGGAGCCAGAUACUCAUCUCUUUGCAGUAGAUAAAAUUCCUUAUAUGAAUAUA